GCAGCCUUGUGAAUGGACUCAGAGCAGACCAGAUGGAAACAGAAAAGACCAGACAUGAGACUGAAGAAAGUUUGAUACUUGCAUAAAUCAGUACCACUCAGCAGACAGAGACUCCACUCACCAAACGGAAGAAUGGAGAUCAGUCACCUGAGGUCUUUUUUUCUCAGCAGCUCAAUGGGGACACCAACUGGAGAUAUUUCAAGCACAGCCCAGAGGUCUACCCAAUGAAACAACAAGGGGAGAAUUGUUCCAGCCCAGCUAACAUUCAGGGGAUAUUUGAUCAAAAUAUGUAUGAAAUGAAUGGAGAGAUGAAGCAUGUGCUCAGUGAACAGACAUUUGACUUUCACAAACCUAAAAAGCACUGCACUGAUUCAGAUAUGAAUGGAGAUGAAAACCUGGGGCUUUGGGAUAAAAGAGAGGCAGGAGUGGAGCACCGAUUAGAGGAAUUCUCCAAGCACAACAAGCCCGGGGAUUCUGAGUUAAAACUUAAAAAUAGAAACUGUAAUUUUCCCAAUGGAGAUAUCUUCUCACUAUCUAGGAACAAGCAGGUUACAGUGCCCAGUGGUGCUACAAUGGCCCCACCUUCAGAGAAGGGUACAACUGGUGACCUGUUAGAAAAAACUUUGUCUCAGUAUUACCCAGAACACAUUUCUAUUGCUCCUCAAACCUACUCAUCUAAAGUAGAUCAGGUCACCAGCAACCUGUCUGAGCAGGCAAUUCCUUCACCUUCAUUUACCUCAGGUUUUCCUGUUUCACAACAAACAUCUGUCUCUGAGCCACUUGCCAAAGCAAUCCUUGAGGUGCAAGGCAGCAAUGGCUACAACCCAGAAUGUACAGUGAAUAGACACUCUAUUAGCUUUGCAACUGAGCAAAAGAAGCCUACUGAGAUGGGAACACAUUCACUGAGUCAAGCGGGUUUGGAGUCCAAUGUCACAUCACAAACAGGCAUCAAUGGUAGUACACAGAUUCAGAAUGAUAGAGAAGACCUUUCAAAUGACACUGAGUGUUUAAGCAUGUUCUCUAAGUACAACAGUGAUUUCAACCAGGAGUCUUACAAAUUUCCCCCAAUGAUGGCAGGUGCCUCCUUUUCAACUGAUAAGGAUCCUAUGUUUAAUGUAUUAAGCAGCCCAGCCAGCCCUCAGGCACAAAGCACUCAGACAGGUCAGCAGAAUCUACAGUUUAAGAUACCACAGAAAAUGCAAAUGGUUGGAAGCAUCCAGGGCGAUAGAGAUUCUUUACUGCAGCAACAGACUUUUGAGCCUCAAACAGUAGACAACAGGAUAAUGUCCCAGGCCUUUUCAGCAGCUCAUCGGAAUCAGUGCAGUGAGCAAGAUAAUACUCCACAUCCAGGUAAAAAAAAGUCAAUGUCAAAGAGUAUAGAUCACUCAUCUCAGAUGGACUGGAUUGAUUUAAACUCAGCUUCAACACCACAGCAACCUACCAACCACCCUCACAUAUGGGAUUUUUUACUUACACAAGCCCAAAUGCAGCACGAUACCAUCCAACAGGGUCAUAGUAAUCUAAUAAAUUCUGUACACUCAAACAGCUUCCAGUAUCAAAAUUUCAGUAAGCCCAGCUUUGCCUCGCAUGAAAUUCAGACACAAGAAUGUUACAAAUAUUCCCCACCCAGUACACAACUUCCCCACAGUUCUAGCCCUGUAUGUCAACAGAGAAAUUCUGGUUUGCAUGGUCACAUUAACAUGCAAUUUAACAAAACCCAGCAAUAAUGCAAAAAUGAUAAAGAAGUGGACCAGAUUCGAACCCCAGGCUUGUUCUCUGAGCCACCACCUGUUGAGCCUCAUCGGCAGACCACCAGCACAUACCCCAAUCAGCUCCCUCAGGAUGUGCAGAGAAUACAAGCAGCUCCACAAUCACAAGACACUUCCCAGAGCCAGGUAGAUGCACCACUCUUGAAAAGGCUUAAAACUGAGGGCUUUCUUAAUUCAGAAUCCCAGAUGUUACCUCUAGCUAACAAAACAACAGAACAAACUCAGUCUAGUCCAAUUAUGAGAUCAAGCUCUACAUUUCCAGACUCUUCUAAGUCAAAUGUACAGCCUUUGUCAAAUGAAAUGGAAGCUAAGCUUAGUGAUGCAAUACAGAUCCAAAAGAACCUCCAGCAGAACAUACAGUACUCUCAAAACACCAGUAAGCAAGUGAACUACCAGCAACCUAUCCAACACAGGGUACACAAUCAUUUAGAAUUAUCCCAGAAUCUGGAUUCACAGUCACAACAAGUUCCAAAUGGUCUACAGAUACCUCAAGCAGAUUUACAGAGAUGUGCAGCCUUGCGAAUGCACCUUCUACAGAGGCAGGAGAGGCAAGGCCUUAACUACAUCAGGCCAAGUAUGCAGGACAUGAAAAGUGAAAACUAUGCAAGUUUAGAGGCCCCAGCUCAACUGCCAACCCUUCAAGUGCAGCAGCAAGAUCGAGACAAAACCAAAUUCAAGCCUCUGCUAGUAACGCAGGAGUGUCCUUCUUCAGUCUGUGAACAAAGCCAACGGAGGAGCAUUCUAGCUACCUUGGAACAGCAGUUACAACAGUAUCAGCUCUCACCUGUGUUUGAAAGAAAGCCUUUGGUAAUCAAGUCACCCAAUAAGGUGAAAGUCGAGAUGGCUGGGGGAGUGACAGUGCUCUCCACAAGUGCUGAGUGGAAUAUUAAGGACCAGUGCAAACCACAAGACUUCACCCCACCUAAAAAAAAUGGGUUACAAAGCUUUCUGGAGUCCCCCAUGAAGCUGCUUGAUACACCAAUAAAAAACAUGCUGAAUACACCCGUGAAAACACAGUAUGAUAUCCCAUCAUGUCACUGUGAUGAGCAAAUCAGUGAAAGGGAUGAAGGCCCAUAUUAUACUCACUUAGGAUCAGCCCCAACUAUUGCAGGUAUCCGCAAAGUUAUGGAGAAAAGGUCUGGACUGACCGGAGGUGCUAUUAGGAUUGAGAAAGUUGUUUAUACAGGCAAGGAAGGCAAAAGCACACAGGGCUGCCCCAUCGCCAAAUGGGUAAUACGGAGGGCAAGUGUGGAUGAGAAACUCCUGGUCUUGGUGCGAGAGCGGGUUGGUCACUCAUGCGAGGCAUCCUGUAUAGUGGUGGUCAUCUUGAUUUGGGAAGGCAUUCCAACCAACCUGGCUGACAGUCUCUACUCAGAACUCAGUGGUACUCUAACAAAGCAUGGCGCCCUAACCAACCGCAGAUGUGCUCUCAAUGAGGAGAGAACAUGUGCAUGUCAGGGUUUUGAGCCUGAUGCCUGUGGAGCCUCUUUCUCAUUUGGUUGUUCCUGGAGCAUGUACUAUAAUGGCUGCAAAUUUGCAAGGAGUAAAGUCCCUCGAAAGUUUAAACUUCUUGGGGAUGAUCCCAACGAGGAGGAGAAACUGGAACAAAACCUCCAGGGUCUUGCAACUUUGAUGGCCCCAUUGUAUAGAAAAAUGGCACCCGAUGCUUACUGCAAUCAGGUGGAGCAUGAACACAGAGCUCCUGAUUGUCGUCUGGGCCUAAUAGAAGGACGUCCAUUUUCUGGAGUGACAGCCUGUCUAGACUUCUGUGCCCAUGCUCACAGAGACCUGCACAACAUGCAGGGAGGCAGUACUGUGGUCUGCACGCUAACACGAGAGGACAAUCGCGAGAUUGGAAAAAUUCCUGAUGAUGAGCAACUGCAUGUGCUUCCCUUAUACAAGGCUUCAUCCAGUGAUGAGUUUGGCAGUGCUGAGGCUCAGCUGGAGAAGACCAAGGAUGGUGCCAUUCAGAUGCUCAGAGCCUUUCGUCGACAGGUACGUAUGCUGCCAGAGCCUGCUAAGUCAUGCCAGCAGAAGAAGCUGGACGCCAAGAAAGCUGCCACUAACAAGCCAACCCACCCCAACACACCGAAUUCCAAAAUGGACAACACCCAGCAAGCAAAGGAGAAACAAAGUGCUUAUGAGAAUCCAGGCCAGAACACACCUGUAAAAGGCCCAGGUAACAUGAAAAUUAUUGCGGACUCUGGGCAGUCCUCAGAUGUUCAUGCAGUCCAUCCGCCUCAGCAGCGGCACCAGCAGCCAACAUGUACCAAUCCUGCUCCUACUUACACUGGCCCAGCAUUCUCUAGAUUCUCAAAUCCACCAGGAUCCUUGCCAAACAGUUUUAAACCAGCAAAACUGCAUCCUCAAACACCUUCCUCUGCCAGUCCUUUUCCCGCUUUACACGUUUCCAACUCUUACAUCAAUGUGUCUUGUUCAUCCACACCAUUUUCAGGGUCUUAUACACCCAACACCCUUUACACAGGUUACCAGUGUAAUGGGGGAGGGCCCAUGGACAACUACCACCCUUACUACUCUUCCAAUCUAAAGCAUAAUUAUAUGUGUCAUCCCCAAAUAAAUUCAUUGCACUCAGAGCAGCAGUACAGUGCACCUCAACAUUAUGGGGUCAACUAUCCACCACACUAUGGAGAGCCUAGCCUGGCAGUCAAGGGUUAUAGCACUUGUAUCAUGAGACCUGGAAUGCACUCUAUGGGACAUUACCCAGGUUAUAACCCUAGUAUGCCACCUGAUGCCUUCUCCAGGCCUCCCUCAGCCCAUUCACAUUUAGACUAUGAAGCUGUUGGUAAAAGCAGCCAGUUUGAAACUUACCCCAAGCCUCAUAUGUCCCUGAAUCCUCAGAUGUUUUCUCCAAAUCUAAAUACAUUAAGUAUGCAAAGUAAUAAAGAUUCUGAGAUAAACUCACAUGGAGCAAAUGGUACCUCUCAGGUGUUUCAUCCUUUGGGCAAUGAAUUCUUCAACCCGAACCAACCUCCAGAGUUGAGGCAUUCCACUGAUAAUGCCUUUAAUCCCCUCGUCAAACAGGAACCAUGUUCGCAGACUUUAGAGCAAAAAGAAAAGGAAGAUAUGUGGUCUGACAGUGAACACAACUUCCUUGACUCUGAAAUUGGAGGGGUGGCAGUGGCACCUAGUCAUGGAUCAAUCAUUAUUGAGUGUGCUAAACGUGAGCUCCAUGCAACUACGCCACUCAAGAAGCCUGACCGCAACCAUCCCACACGUAUCUCUCUGGUCUUCUAUCAACACAAGAACCUCAAUGAGGCAAAACAUGGACUGGCUCUGUGGGAGGCCAAAAUGGCAGAGAAAGCCCGGGAGAAAGAGGAGGAUGCUGAGAAGCAGGGUGCUGAAAACACAUCCAGCAAAAGCAGUGGAAAGAAGGUGAAACGAGAACAUACAGAACUUUUGGAAACCUCAGAGCCUCCAUCUAAGCGAUUCCUCCUCAUGCUUACUGGACGGUCAAUGUCAUGCACUACCAAUACAUACGUAAGCACAACUCCCUGUGCCUUUACCAAGGUGACUGGGCCUUACAGUAAUUUCCUGUGAAAACCUACAUAGGUUCAGAGCAUUCACAGAAAUGGUGCUACAGAAUAGUGUUGCUGACCUUAGUGCCACUGGCCAUAUAACCCAGAAUGCUUGUUCAGUUUGUGUGAGGUUACUGACAAUAGACUAGUAAGAUCCAGUUUCACAUUUUGUAGAAAGGCAUAGCAGAUAUAGAUCAAUGGAAUUUUACACAUCGGGCUUGUCAGCUUUUAAGAGGUCAAGCUGUACUGUUUGACCAAUUGGAAGUUUUUAUUUAUUAUUUUAUUACUUUCUUAUGAUAACACACUGUUGUUCUUCCAUGGUGCUUAUAGUCCAAAAAAUCUGGACAAAUUACUGGAAACAAAGUACGAAGUACUGGCUACUCAUGGUGCUAGAGAAUGUUUUGAAAGCAGAUGUCUUUUCAAAUGCAUUUCUUUACAAGUACACAACAAAACACCUUGUUAGUAUAAUAUUUACACAAUUAUUUUAUUAUUUUGAUAACUUAUUGAUGUUUAAAAAUGAGAAAGUAAGACAAUAUGUUAGCCAAAUAAACUAGCUUAAUUAGUGUUUUUAGAAGCACUUUUUUUUUAAUAGUGAGGAUUUUAUAAUAGUCCGCCAAUCUGAAGAACCAGACAUUUUUGAAUGCCACUCAAUUAUUGAGUUAGGCUUAAUCCUCUACACUGAAGUCUCAUUUUAAUUUCAAAAUGUGGAAAACAUGUGGAAAAAUUCAUGAUGAAUUCCAUUGUUUGACAGUUGAACAUAAUGUACAAAACCUUUUUUACAGAAUUUCUCUGGUGCUCUAACAAUUUCACAAAUACUUUAUACUUAUAUUUAUAUACUGUAUAUUGAGCCAUAUAUAUUGUAACCAUUAUGUUCUUGAAAUUUCAGAAUGCUGGACCGCAGAUCUAUAACAAGAUGACUUUCUUUCUUCUGUGAAAAAUUAAAGGAGAUAAUUCAAUAAUAAUUUAAUCCAGUUCUGUUGGCUGAAUUCAAAACAGUGGUGGUAGACAGUAACUCACCAUUUUAUAAAACACCCAAAGGUGUCAUAAAAGUAGUCCAUGCAUCAUAUUUCAACAAGUCAUUUGUUCUUGUGUGCCUCGAGACCACCAUUUGCUAAUGAGACGUGCAAGGUUUGAUGUUAUGAAUGUUGCCAUCUUACUGGAUUCAGCAUUGUUUACAUAGUUUAUGUAAUGAUUUCAUUUAAUUUGAGAGUGAAAAACAAUUUAAAUUACGGUCUUUUCAUCAUACAAAAUAAUAAUUUGCUUUCAGGAGACUUGGAAUAUGAUAUAUUUGACUUUUAUGGCACUUUUUGGUGCUUUAUUAAAUGAGUCAUUGUCUACUGCCAUUGUACUGAAUUCAAUCAACAAGAGAAUUUUCAUUUUUGGGUAACCUUUUCUUUUAAGAGUCUAGGGGAAAUGACGGUCAAUAUUAUCUCCUCAAAGCAUUUAUCAAGUAACACAUAAGAGGGUUACCUGUACAUCUGUAUCACUGUUUCAAAGACAGCUGGCUCGGCUUGCUGUGGAGGUUCUUAGCUGUAUAAGUUGAGAUUUGUACAGUAAAUGAUACUGUAUAUUAUACAGUAAAUCAAUUAUUUUCUUUCUGGAAUGUAUGCUUGUAAUUUGGUUUAAUUAAGAAGAUAACUUUUUCUUUGGGUUUGAAUUGAUCUUAUUUGAAAUGGUGCUGCUUGACCUGCUAUAAAUAGAGUAUAAUGUGAGAAGGGUGGUGAAAAUGCUUAUGAAUUAUGUAAAUAAUCUACUUAUCAUAUACCUCAAAUCUAGUUUGGCAAUAGAAUUAUAAUACCAAGGUGUUUCUUUUCUUUUAUUUCCAAACACUUUGUAAGCAAAUAUGACACAUACCAUCAGGCCAUCGUUCAAUCUUGAUAUACAAGAAAGUAUAACUUGAACUUCAAGUUUCAAUGGAAUUGUAAAAUCAGGGAUAUGUUAGCUAAUUUCUUUCACUUGUGUUAUUGUUGUCUUCUCUAAUUCAGGUAUCAGCCUUUGCAUCUUAAAUCCUAAUGAAUUAUGGAAUUGUAUAUACCACACACAAAUCUAACUUUGUGAGAAAAAUAAAAUGACCCUCAUUUUUGUAUGGUUUUCAAGUGGAAUGCUGAUAAACCUUUCAUGAAGUAGUUUGAACAUAUGUUAACAUGCACUGAGUUAAUGAAAGAGAAAGUGGCAUUGACAUAAAACAUUGCUUUUGCUUUUUGCUGAAAGAUUAGACCAAGUCAGUUAAAAUAUUUAAUUCACAUUAAGGUGCUUGUGUAAAGUUAGAGGCUAAAGGAAUUUACAGCCAUUAAACAUAAGUCAACGCCUUUUAUUCUCCCCUGUCUAUUCAAAUAAAUUAGAUGUUUGAUGAGUCAUUAUUGGUAAUAAAUUAAAAACAACUCAUUCCACUCUGACAUUUAACAAAAUGAAAGCACUUCAAUUUAUUUUUCAGCAAAAAAUAUGUAAAUUCGAAAUAGAUAGGUUAUUGUAAAUGCAUUAUGCCAUGUUGAAUAUAUCACAUGCAUUGCAGAAAUCCUUUCUUCUUCAUUCUAAGUCCAGCUUUUGUUAUGUACAAAUUUCCUUUGUUGGUUAAAUGUACCAUUACCACACACGUCUAUUAGUAGUGUAAUUUAUUAGUAUCACAGACAGCAAUAAAACCUUUUUCUUGUUGGUUUUCGGUUUACCAGAGAGCGGUUUUAACCAAACAGAAAAGUUUACUAUAUACCAGGUUUCCUGUUAAAAAAUACUUUUAUGUAUUGACUAGUUAUGGAAGAAGUUUCCAGUUUUGUAGGUUCAAUUAGAUGUUAAGUUUCAGUGUACAGGACCCUUCGUAAGUUGUGUAUGAAGCAAGAGAAAGGAGUGAUUAGGAUAUAGCAGGUAAAAAGAAUAGCCAUACUUGAAGUUUCCUGAGUGUUUCUGAGUGUAGCCAACUUUACUUGAAUGACUUUCUGACUUCAACUAAUGUACUGUGGUGCACAACAUACAUUAAGCUAUAGCAGCCAUUAGACACUAAAGGCUUAAAUGUUCUUUUUUUCUGCCUUGUUUGUAUUGCUUCCCUUGUACCCUUAAAGUUUGUUAUGCUUAAAUGUUGAAUUAAGUAUGGCUUUGAAUACUUAAGUACUGUUAUGUGCUGAAGAGCUGAAUGCAGUUUAUUUGAAAGCAGUGUGUUAUAUCAUUCCUAAUAUUGCUGAAAUGUGGGUGUUUUUAAUAAAAUUUAU